AUGGACUACGAUAUCGUCAUUGUUGGCGCUGGGAUCGCUGGUAUCAAUGCCGCAUACCGUCUUCAGACUCAGCUCCCCAAUCAUCGCUAUGCGAUCCUAGAAGCUCGCAACGCGAUCGGUGGCACAUGGGAUCUUUUCAGGUACCCUGGCAUCCGAUCGGACUCGGACCUGUUCACCUUUGGCUUUUCCUGGAAUCCCUGGCCCCAGGACAAUCUGAUCGCGGAGGGCGCCUCCAUCUCCAAGUACAUGCGGGACACGGCCGCACAAGUUGGCAUUGACAAACACAUCCAAUUCCAGCACCGCCUGUUAGCGGCGGACUGGUCUUCCAGCGAAAAUGUGUGGAAGCUCGCAGUGGACCACGAGGGCGAGCUGAAAUCCUACACGGCGCGCUUUGUUAUUUUCGGCACAGGCUACUACAACUAUGACGAGCCCCUGUCGGUUGAGAUCCCUGGUCUCGAGCGGUUCCAGGGCAAAGUCAUUCACCCGCAAUUCUGGCCGGAGGACUUGGACUACAGUGGCAAGAAAGUGGUGAUUAUUGGCAGUGGUGCGACAGCAAUUACCCUGUUGCCCAAGAUGGCAGAGACGGCGGCCAAGGCCACCAUGCUGCAGCGCAGUCCCACCUACAUCCUUCCUCUCCCCAACCGACAGAAUCCGCUGCUGAGCUACAUUUUCCCCACCGCGCUCAGCCGCAAGUUGCAACGGCUGCAGUGGAUUAUAGUGUCGCGAAUCUUCUUUCUUUUCUGCCAGGCGUUCCCCUGGCUGGCCCGCUCCAUCCUCAAGCUGACUGUCAUCCGCCGACUCCCCAAGCAUGUCCCGUUUGAACCACACUUCAAGCCUCGGUAUAAUCCGUGGGAUCAGCGGCUGUGUGUAUCUCCGGACGGGGAUUUCUUCCAGAGCCUUCACACAGGCCGUGCGGACGUCAAGACCGACACCAUCCGCCAAGUCACUGCAAGCGGUAUCGAACUGAACUCGGGCGAGACACUGGACGCAGACAUUAUCGUGACGGCCACGGGACUCAAGUUGCAGAUUGCGGGCGGCACCUCCAUCACGGUGGACGGACAGAAGCAGCGUGUUUCGGACAAAUAUCUCUGGAACGGGGUGAUGCUACAGGAUCUGCCCAACGCAUCGUUUGUAAUCGGAUACACCAACGCCUCUUGGACUCUGGGGGCUGACGCCACGGCGCUUUUCGUCUGCCGGUUGCUGAAGUACAUGAAGCAGCAGCACAAAGCGGCUGCGGUCCCGCGCGUCAGCCCGGCCUUGGCCAGCCGGAUGCAGCAGCGCCAGUUACUCAACCUCAACUCGACGUAUGUGACAGCGGCGCAGAAGGAUCUCCCCAAAGCGGCUGAUCGGGGUCCGUGGAAGCCGCGCGACAACUACUUAUCCGAUUUAUUCUUAGUCCAGUAUGGGCGGAUUGACGAAGGGUUGGAGUGGGUGGAUGAGCUGUCGCGGAAGCAACAAUGA